AUCAGCGCCCGGCGGUAUAGCGUAUGUGUCCAGCCCCAUGUCUUGGAGGAGCCCACUUGCCUAGUGUAAGUCCGAGUGAGUACAGUGCCGGACGCGAGGGGUGUCGAAAGGUGUAUUUCGGCAGGGAAAGGAAAGCGGCCUCGUACUGAAGGAGAAUUUUGUUGCUGUUUCUAAUACAAGGAGUUGAUAGGAAGAAAAAAACACAAGCAAGAUGGCCCCUUGUCUGUUCACGGCGCAGCGGCGACGCUACUGGCUCAUCAUCACUGCCAUUCUGGAGAACCUUCUCUUCUCAGCCGUCCUCCUGGGCUGGGGGUCGCUCGUCCUCAUGCUCAAAAAGGAAGGAAUUUACCUGGAGCUCUGCUCUGGCCAUGACAAUAUUGACUACCUCAACAUCACCGAUGCCAACAUCACCGACAACAUGACUGUCAUUCUGCCCAUGGAGGAGGAAGGCUGUAUCGCUCAGGACGAAAGAUUGAACUUGGCCUACACCAUCGGAUCUUUCUUACUCAGUGGAAUGACCUUUCCUCUGGGGAUGUUCAUGGAUAAGUUCGGUUCGCGAAACCUCAGGAUGGUUGGCAGCGCCAUGUUCGGAUUAUCCAGCGUACUGUUUGCAAUUGCAUCGAGAACCAAGAUGUCCAUUCUCCUGUUCCCCGCGGUGUCGUUGAACGGCAUGAGCGGUAUCGUCCAUGUCUUCACUGGCUUCCAGAUCACCAACCUGUUCGGCGACAAGCGAGGGACGAUGAUGAGCUUCUUUGUGGGAGCCUACGCCUCCUCUGCUGUCGUCUUCCCUGCAAUGAAGGGUCUGUAUGAUCUGGGCAUCCCGUUUGACACCUUGUUCUUCUGCUACGCUGGCCUGAUGGUCUUCGUCAUCCUGAACUGUUACUUCAAUGUGCCGAAGGAACCCAUCCCCGGGCCUGAGGAGAUGGACUUCAGAAUCAAAUUUAGACCAUUCGGUGUUCACCACAAGCUGACAGGGAAGCACUUCUAUGGCAUGGUGACCACAGUGGGGCGACGACUGAGCAUCGACGAGAAGGGCGGCCCCACCAUGACCUCUCACCUCAACCUGGAGAUGGACUACAGUUCUGUGGACAAUGCCCAUCCUGUUGCAGCUAUCCCGCCCCUGUCUAAGAGCAUCUGCACCAUGGCAUUCAUGUGGAGCGUGGUCACCAUGUGCAUCGGACAGCUCAGACUCAUCUUCUUCAUUGGAGCGCUGAGCCAGAUGCUGGGGAGAGUGUCGGGGGCAGACAGCUCCAAAGGAGCCCAAUAUAUUGUGAACAUCUAUACCUCCAUCUUCGGUAUGAUCCAGAUGGCCUGCAUCCUCAUGGCCCCCCUCAUCGGCAUCGUCCUCGACUGGAACACCAGGCCGAAGAAGUCCAAGGGUGCCAAGGAGGAACUUCUCGACGACACGUGCAAUGGGAAGGGCAGCACCUCCAGCGAAAAAAGUAUCAGCGUGACCCUCAGCAAGCAGAAGCAGCAACAGAAGGUGAAGCUACAGAAGAUCAGUAACGUGAUGAAGGCCUUCGCUCUCACCAACGUACUCAUGAUCUUCUUUGGUGUCACUGUCCUCAUCCCAAGUCUGGAGCUGCAGAUCCUGACGUUCUUGCUUCACACACUGAUCAGAGGGUUCAUCCAUUCAACAGUCGGUGCCAUGUAUGCCACUAUGUAUCACCACACCCACUUUGGCACGCUGACAGGGUUGCAGUCGCUGAUCUCUGCAGUGUUCGCCUGCCUACAGUACCCCAUCUUCACCAUUAUCAAUGGGCCGCUCAACGAGGACCCCUUCUGGAUGAAUGUUGGCUUGCUGGUUCUCACGUUCUUCAACUUCGGUCUGCCAGCCUACCUCUUCCUCUACGUGAAGAGACUACGAGCCGAGCCAGAGGUGGGCAAACCAAAGACGUCGGUUGUAUCGGUCGACCUGCCAAAGAACAUGAGCUCGAAAGCCCUGAUAACGACGAUAAAGGAAGAAGAACUCGACAACGACGACGUGUUCAUGGCCUAAAGGAGUCGUGUAAGGACAGAAGUCAUUCUCUUCUAACCACAAGUUUGAAGGGUGACAAUUAGAAUUCAUUUCAAGUAGUGUCGCAGCGUCUUGUACAAAGUUGAAGAGCCGAGAGCAAACAGAACACAAACCUAGGCAAGCCAUGCUGGUUAUGGUGUAAUGUUUAAGGUGUUCAGACAGAAGUGUGAAAAAUUUACCACUAGAAGGAUGGUAAGGAAAAGACUAUGUGUAAUACAAUGUAUUCCUUCACAGUUUUAAAAAGCCAGUUUGAUUUUUAACCAGGUGGAACCAAGUUUUGCCAUCUGGAAGAUGCUAGGAACAGCUCUUAAUUGUGAAUUAUACGACUUCUGGUGUUGUUGAUUUGUAUUUGUUGUCAAGAAAGGGUAACCACUUCACCACGAGGAUUAGUAGAGCAAGACGUAGUUGUUGUUAUACGGUGCUGUUGAGACGCAAUGAACAAAGCCCAAUGUGCAAUACCAUCUUUAGUUAUUGCUGGAUACAUGUACAAACAUUUCUUUCGAGUAUCAUAUAUUGGUGGGGGUCUGGGGGAAUAGCCUAAGUUUGUUACUGCUCUCACAGAGUGCAUUGUUUUGACACCUGGUACAGUGUAACAUAGUCUUUCGUUGGAAGAUGGAUUGUGCACUUACUGUAGGCCAUUAUCACAAAUAUGUAUAUUUAACAAAGUCACUUGUUGAGAUGCCAGUGUAUGCAGUUAAGUGAUUUGAGCUUCUGUUUAGAUACUGCUGUAUAUGAAGUUUUGUUUGGUAUGUUUGUAUAUUCAGGCAUUGUCCAGUAUCUAAUUCUAAGACAAGACUCUGAUUUCUAAAGACAAUUAGUCAAGAAACCUGAAAUUCAUAAGAAGUCAACCUGUUGUUUCAUAAGAAUGAGAUUCUGGAGGCAAAUUUGAUACCAAAGCCUUUCUUUUUGUGUCAGAUAUCUACAUACUUCUUAACCAGAAGGGUUUUUAAGAUAUGAAAGAAUCCAAAGAAUUUGAUGGUCAGAUUUUAUCCAAACCAAAGGGAUGGUAAAGUUAUAGGUUUCAUAGUUUUUUUUUACUGUAUGAUAGAUAGGAACAUAAGAAACAAGAAAAAGGAAGUGGUAUAACUUGAUGUUGGUAAAGUUCUCACCUACAUGUAACUUAAAUAGAAGACUUGUUCUGUUUCAUCAUUGUCUAACAGUGGAAGGUGUACGUGUUGACAUCUUAAACUUAAUGUUGUAUCGUUAAAUCUUUUCCUAAGAUAGUAAGUUUUCUUUGUUUCUAAAAAAAGUCUAUAUUUGGAAAAAGAACAAAAAUAUAUACUAUUACUCUAUUGAUUGCUAUGUGUCUGUACAAAAUGAUAUUUAUGAUGCUGGCUUGUUUUAAAAAAAAGGGUGAAAGAAGUUUUUAUGCCAAACCACUGUUGUAACAAAGUUACUUGGGGUAUAGUUACUGGUAUAAUUACAAAUGUGGUGUUGUGUAUUAUCUCACCUGUUAAACAUGUAUCUUAUAGGACUGUGUCAAAUUGGAAAAAGGCAUUCAAAAAAUGACGUGAAUAUGCACCAACCAGUUCCAAUUUGUCUCCAGAAAUUACAUUUUAUGUCUUUAAAGUAAAAUGAAUUGGGAAUGGACCAAAAGUGGUGUAAAAUGAGGAACAUCCUGUAAAUCUCUUUUUAAUGAGGUUUUAAUCAUUGUGCAUUGGUUUCAUAUUCAGAGACGACACUGCAAAUUAUCGUGAAUCAAACCUAUGAAUAUGGCAUGGCCAUUUCGAUUCAAAGGACAUCACAUGCAGAUGCAAAAAUAACGAAAAUUGGCAAAUUUUGCUAGAAAAUUGUACAAACUUUGUGAAUUCUCGUCAAUUUUUCCUUUCAACUUUCUAGCACAGUUUAACACAGUCCAGUAAGAUACCAGCUUUAUCAGAGCAGUGGAAGAGGCAAUAUUUAUGGAGCUGACAGAUCCAGCCUGAGCACCCGGCUAACGAUAACAUCAAUGUUGAUCAUUGACCAAUGAGGGGAGGACGCCAACCUCCCAGUACUGUUGUAUUGUAAGUUUUCUGAUUCUGAAUAAAUGGUUAUAACAGAA